AUGCCAAAGCUCAACACAACAUCCGUCUCAUUGGCUGUGACGCCCACGGUCGUCUCGACCCUCUUCUCACAUUACCUCAACCGUGGACCACUCAAGGAGCGUCCGACAGCGCAUCUGUCGUACGACGAGGGUCUUCACCUCGUCAAGUCCUUCCUCGAGUACGCCUCGCACCAUACCGUGGAGGAGCUCCAAGCCUUCACCGCGCAAUGGGUGCCGCAUCCCCAGUGGGUCAAGGUCGAAGAUGCGAUCGUGUCCGAGGCCCACCUCAAGGAAGCGGCCCGUCUGCUCCAGGAGCAACUGGGCGAGGAUGGUAUUCGCCGCGUCGGCGGCCGCGAAUGGUGGCAGUGGAGGAAAGACGACGCGCCCCUGGAGGCUGAGUGGAUCGAGAUGAAGUCCGACGCUGCGGAGCGCAAGGCCAACGGCGGGAAAACGAGCCGCGUGAUGCUGUACAUACAUGGUGGAGGCUACUUCUUCGGCAGCGUGGACGAGCAUCGGUACCAAAUGCAGCGACAUGCACGCAAGCUCAAGGCCCGCGUCUUCGCGCCACGGUACAGACUUGCGCCGCAAUUUCCCUUCCCUUGUGGUCUGCUAGACACUGUGGCGGCGUACCUGCAUCUGCUCACUGUACAGGAUCCCAAGGAGGUUGUGCUGGCUGGUGAUUCGGCGGGCGGAGGCAUGGUGAUGGCGGCACUCUGUGUUCUUCGAGACCAGGGUAUUCCCCUCCCUGCCGGAGCUAUCCUCAUCAGCCCCUGGGUUGACUUGACGCACUCAUUCCCGAGUGUGGGAAAUCCAGCCCCUAUGGAUUACAUUCCCCAGUACGGAUUUCACCACAAGCCUUCACGAUCAUGGCCGCCACCUAAUGAGGAUGAUGCCGCCAUGCUGGUGACUGAGGCGGACAAGAAGAGACGCGGCAAGGCCGGGAAACUGACAACAGGAGAUCUGCAAAGUAAACAGCAGGAUCCUGUGGCAACAUCCAGCAACGAGCGCGUUGCAGCACAAGAUGGCAAGACGGCCAGUGCUGGCACUGUCCACGAUCCACAAAGGUUCCUCUCCGUGGACAUUAACGGGACGACAGUCAAGCUGAAGGAUCAGAUCCAAUUGUACACGACAAACGAGCUCCUUGAUCACCCGUUGGUCAGCCCAAUCUUGCAACCAACGCUCGGUGGCCUGCCGCCCCUGCUCAUCAUGGCGGGAGGCGCCGAGAUCCUGCGCGAUGAGCAAAUAUACCUGGCGCACAAGUGCGCCAACCCGUCCAAGUACGCGCCGCCACCGGAAAAAAUGGACGAGCAGGGACGGGCCCACCUCGCAAAGUACGAGCCAACGGACGUCCAGCUCCAGGUAUGGGAGGACCUGUGUCAUGUGGCGCCGACACUGAGCUUCACCCGUCCAGCCAAGUACAUGUACCGUUCCGCAUCCCAGUUUGGCGCCUGGUGCCUGGCAAGAGCCCAGCGGGUUGGGAUAGAAAUCCCCGAUGACGAUGACAUCUCCUUCAUCUCAACCUCGGGAUCGGCUACGGGUGACGACGCCGAGGGCACACAAGAGGAUGGCCAGGAGAAGAAGAAAAUGAAGGAGGACCAUACCGAGAAGAAGAAACAAGAGGACCAUACCGAGAGGAAGAAACAAGAGGAGCAGCGCAUUGCCCUGGAGCAAGAGAACAAGUCGGGCGCCGUUGGCAAGGCGGGCGAUGCUCUUCCGCCGUUUGUGAAUCACAUGGUGCGGCAGAGAGUCACCCGCCAUGGCGUGACCCAUCCACUGCCCAAAGCUGAAGAGCUCGACGCCUGCAAGCUGAAGCCAGAGGACGUUGGCGUCAUCAAGGCUGGGCAGGUUGAGAAAUGGCUCACGGCCAAGAAUCUGUGGGAUAGCAAGUACGCUGGCACCAAGGCCAAGGUGCACAAGAAGAUUAUCGACGACAUGGUGGCUGGAUAUCACACGUUCCCGGGCGAGCAGCCGCCGCCCACUGCACUGGCCGGACGCCGUCGGAUCGGGGAGAAAUCGCAUCACAAGAAACGCGUCAAGAGCUUGGGUCUGGCCGUCUGGUCACUCUGGGGAUCCAAGCACGAUGAAGCCACCGUCACACGCGAACGUGAGCGCAAAGCCAGCCAUGCUGAGCCGCCCAAAGACGCCACGACCGUAUCUCCCAACGAUGGUCAAUGUGCGCGGCCAUUUUCAGACAUUGAGUCCCAAGCACCGUCCACCACUGCUCUGGAACCACCGCGAAGCCCGUUUAACAAUGAUCCCGCGACGCCUGGCUCAAGAGGCAGGAGCCUGUCCCGCAGCAGGAUGGUGUACGACGAGAACCAGACUGGCGCGACGCCCAUUGACGAGCACACGCCAAUGGAUAGCCUCAUGGGUAAUCGCAGGGAAUCUGAGAAGACAGCGCAGAAUCUCGCGGUGCCCGCUGUGGGAGCCACGGGCAAGCGGCCCUUUAUUGACGGCAUUGCUUUGCCCUUCUCCAUCAACAAAGAAGCCGAGACUGCCAGCAUGGUCACGUUGGACUCGGCCAUGAGCCCCCCUGCGUCCAGACCGAUCAGCCCGCGCCUUGAUUCGCAGACUGACGUCCAGAGACCAGGGAUCGAGACCUUUGUCACCGCCCAAGAGGAGAUCCCUCGAGUGGGAAAUGGCCACAACGGCAGCGCACCCGCUCAGAUUGGCGCAGAAAAGCCGAUCGCAACUUGA